GUUGACGGAAAACAGACAGUGGACUGACUAUCUGUGUUAAUAAACUGCGAACACCUGUGUGUAAAGGGAAGAGGAUGCCACAAACGUAGGGUGUAAUCAUUAGUCCAAAUAGAUGCAAAACUUCAGUUCGAUUGGACAAAUUCAGUUGUGCUGCACAUGAGAAAAUGAACACCAUGAUGUCCCCGAAGGCUGAAGAUGUCAGACAGGGGAUCUCUGUCAUCUGUGAGAUCUUGCAGUGUCCAAUAUGUUUGGAAUUGAUGAGCACACCUGUGUCUACUAAGUGUGACCACCAGUUUUGCAAGUUUUGUAUAAUGAAGCUUUUGGACAGCAGUAGGAGAAAGGAGGCCAACUGUCCAGUUUGUAAGACAAAGAUCACAAAAAGGAGUUUGCAGGAGAGCCCUGGGUUCCAGAAAUUGGCCGAGGGAUUGCAGAAUAUGGUCCAGGCCUAUGAACAUGACACCUGCACAAACUACUUCACUGGAAUGUCCCAGGUGAGGAGACAUAUGAGUGUCACAGAGACUGUGCAGAAGAAAAACGGCCAUGAUGUCUCAUCUGAUGACGUGUGGGCUAGUGACCGUGCUGAUGACGAGGAUCAUGAGUUUUCAAUGUCCUGCUCGUCAACUAUAGCAGCCAAGGAUGGCUUUGCAACGCUCAUGGGUCUUGAAGAUUCUUGCCCUGUCAUUUCGGACGAGGGGUUUGACAGCAGCCUAGGUGACAUACCUCCAGCCACUGAAAAGCAUACCGGUGACUCUAAAGCUACCUCCACCACAGAAAAACAGAAGCCAGCAUUAGAGGCAGAAAUACCUGAGGUUGUUGAAAGAGCUCCUUCACGACCUCAAAAGCUUGGAAAAAAGAUAACCACUCAUCCUCAAGAUCCACCAUGCUGUCCUGAAAAGGUCAGAAACCAACCUGUCAGACGAUCCACGAGGAAUAACAAAAGGGAGUCCUUGACCGAAAUGAUUGACCAGAAUCAGAAGAAAAGUCUAGAGAAAGUCUCUGAGUGGCUCAUGAAUAAUUCCUCAACGGAAGUAAACUCUGAGAAGGAGAAAAACACAGAGGGCUCUUAUGACUCAGUUUCUUUGGCAGGAAGUUGUUCCCCCUCCUCACCCUUAGAGGAUAACCUCAUAAAUAAGGACCAGAGUCCAAAGAGAGAAGAGCGUGGCAAAUGUCUUGAGGAGCUAGUAUUUGGGGCUGUUUACAAACGGGAUCGAAGAGGGAACCGCAGUUUUUCACCACAGAAUAUAGUGAUCACAGACCCUCCACCACCCUGUCCAGCUGAGGAACUCCAGAUUCUGAAGAAGAUUGCCAAAAGGAGGAUGAGAAAUAAACUGACACCUGCUGACUUUGUCAAGAGACCAAGAUCUGAGGAGAAUGAAGAGAGUGUUAUGGAUGACCAACCAGAGAUGACAGAACCACAAGAGGAUUCUCCCAAUGAACACCCAAAAGAUACUGAAGAAGAUAAGUUGAUUGACCUGACUGGGGAGCUGAAUUCUAAUAGCUCUGACAAGCAAGGAGAAGAGUUGCCGGAAGGUGACAACAAAGAGAAUGAAGAUGUAGAGGACAGUCCUGUGUUUGAUGUGCCACUACGGGAACCUGGGAGGAAGUCAAAUAAAAAGAUGCACGGUAGGUGGCAGGACGUUGACGGGGAUUUACAAGGGAAAGUAAAGUCGGAGAAUAAUGAGCAAAAAAAGCCUGCCAAGAAAAAAGGGGAAAACAUCAAGGUGGAGAAGAGCAAGGCAACCAAAUCCUUAGUCCUUGUGGGUGUCGGAGAGGGUGGAAGUGACUCUAAGAUGCCUAAGAGCAGACCGUCAGGCCAGACCGAGGUUCAGAUUGAGAGUUACCCUAGCAGUGAGGAUCCAGGAAGCCCAAUCAUGAGGAGAACCAGGAGGAGUCGGAGGCUUCAGCUUUUCACAGAGGAAGUACAAGGGAGUAAGAUCGGCACUGCAACAUCCACAAAGGUUGUCGUUCUUGAUUUAGACUGCAACGAGAUGCAGCAAUCAAAGGAGGCGAAAGCUGACACCGACAGGGAUAAUGUGGCGUGUUUGCAGAACCAAAAUACAGAAAAGGCUGUCAGGAAAAACGGAUGUGUUUUAGAUGAAGAAAUGGGAGGUAUCGAGAGCUUGGACUCUAGCGAGAAAAUAUUGUGUGAAAUGAUUGAGUCACAGAAAGUGAACCAAGUUGAGGAGUCUAUUGUCGAAGUCCCAAGUACAGGAAGUCCUUGUCACGCUGAUGUUGCUUGUUCAGUGACUAUGGUACCAAGUUCAAUUAGUACCCCUGAGGCAAGUGUCUCAUGUGCCGUGCCUGAGAGUGUAAACCAAAGUAAUACGGUUAUCAAACCAUUAGAUGACUUGAGAUCAAAUGUACCACAAGAGACGUCAGCCAGCCAGGCCAAAUGCAUUGAUCUGGAUGAGGAUGUCCGGAAUGACAGUGAGCUGGACACUGAGCAACUGCUGAAGAGCUUCAAAGCCACCAAAAGGAAGUCGUUCCACCUUGGUAGUCCAAAUAUCAAGAGGAGUUCCUUCUGGUCCAACAAGGAGAUUACAACUCUUACAAAGACUCAAGAGAACAAACAUGUUGGCACAGAUAUGGAAGCAGGAAAUGGGCAGGGAUUUUCAAGGACAACGGAGUGUCCCACAGUCCAACAGGAAUUUGAGAAAGGGACAAUAUUCGAAAAUUCUUGCUCUAGUGAUUUGAGCCCACCUUCAAGUUCCCUCAGCAAUAUUUCACAAGAAAAGGCGCAGAGGAAUCGUAAAAGGCUCAGAAAAUCCAUUCUUACCAGACCACCUCAGGAUUUAGUGGAUUCUUUGAACCCUGAUACCAGUGGGAAGACCCAGAAACAGAUUCUGUCCAGGCUUUCUGGCAACAGCUCAAACAGUGCCCUCAGUCCUAACAAAGUCACAAAAAGCCAAAUGGAAUCUUCCCACCAAGCUGUGGGUUCUGGUCUGCUCUUUCCAGCUUUUGGCGCCUCUAAGGAAGAUCUACCAGAUCCGACACCUGUAGCUUCAAAGCAACUUAGAGUCCCUAAAAGUCAGCAGCCAUACAAAGUGGAGGGCAGCAUGAGUAAAAGUCCAACAGAACUGGAGAGUAGCCACAGUGUUGGAUCAGAGACGGCAGUGGAGUUAAACAAAACGUGUUCAGAGAACAUGACUGGAAACAUGGCGAAUACAGAGUCCUCCUUGACUCCAGAUGGCCUCCUUCCAAUUAUCCAAUCAGUAGUUAUCCAAGAGGUGCAGAGGACUAAAAGAUGUGGUGUGGUCAGCUUGCACUCUCCCAUCAAGAGCACCCUAAAGCGGAGGAAGGCUCAGAGACUGGAGUCUUCCUCGGAGUCCAACUGCAGUGGGGAGGAAGAGGAACUGCCUUCCCUUGCGCAAAUUUUCAGACCUUCGACUUGUCCACCAACCGCUGAGGAGGAGGAGGAAUCAGUCACAUUGCUCAAAGACCAUGCCAGGGAACAAGGAAGCUACAGGGAUGCUGGUGAUGCAGCUGAAGAUGGGCAGCGAGCGAGCAGUCCUCCCAUGUGCCCCAGUCCCGAAUGGGUCACCACCAGCCAGGCAUCUGUGGAUCUGUUUGGUACACCAGAAGAAGCUGAAGGAAUGGCAGGUGACACUGGCCUGACACAGGAAUCAUCACAAUUUUCAAGCGAGUGUAUUGCCACUCAGCAAAAGGUUGCGAUGCAGGAGGAGCUGCGGAGGCUGGAGAGAAUGAUGGCGUUGGUGUCUGAAGCGCUCCAGGAGAAGGAGGAGGAGGAGCCCACUGGGGCCAAAGUCUACCCCGGGGCCCCAUAUCCCCCAGUGCUGCUUCAACCAGACAGGUCCACAGUCUCCUCAGGCCUUGAUCUCCAGGUGACCCUGCCGUGUGGCCAGGGCACCAGGAGGAGAUCUGCCAGCAGGGAAGGUGCCCAAAACAUUGGGGGAAAUGCAGCCUCACCUCCCCCUGGUCUUGGAGACUGUGAGGGCCUUGGGCCCACCCCCACCACGCCCUGCCGCACUAAACAUGAGGGACCUGGAGGGACUGGAGCAGGGCGGCUUGGCAGACAGUCAGGACGGAGCCUAAGGAGCAGCAUGAGAGCGAGGCCCAACCAGGUGUCGCCAGUGGUCAGAGUGCACAGCGGGACCAAUGCUCCCUCAGCUGGGCUGGAGGUCCAGGAUACCCCGGUGGUCAUCCAGCCUGCCAACACCCACCCAUCAACACACACUCCACUGCGGGAACCCGCUAGGGUCAAGUUGGUGCUGGUAGUAUCAGGACUCAGUGCACCUGAACAGUCGAUGGUGAAAAAGUUUGCCAAGAGGAUGGGAGGUAGUGUGUGUUCACAAGUGACGUCCGAGACCACCCAUGUCAUCAUGAACACAGAUGGUGAUCUGGUGUGUGAGCGCACGCUCAAGUACUUCCUGGGCAUCGCAGGCAGGAAGUGGGUGGUGAGCGUCCAGUGGAUUUCCGAGUGUUUCAAACAAGGGACAGUCUUAAAUGAGACGUCAUUUGAGGUGCGAGGAGACGUUGUGAACGGACAUGAUCACCAAGGGCCCAUGAGAGCACGGACCACAGGGGACACAAGUCUGCUGAUGAAGGAUUACGAGAUCUGUUUCCAAGGCCCUUUCACCGAUAUGACCACUGGUCAGAUGGAGUGGAUGGUGGAGCUUUGCGGCGCAACAGUGGUUCAAGAGCCUCUUCUCUUCACUGGUGAACUGAAAACUCAUCAGCUAAUAGUGGUACAACCAGGCUCGGACCAAUCACCAAUAAACUACCAAGCCCUCCAGAGGAUAGCCACGGUCAUCACCCGUGGUUGGGUAUUUGAUUCCGUGGCAACCUACACCCUUCAAAGCCUCGACGACUACAGAACGUAACCUUCAGACCUGGUGUCACAUCCAAAUCGCUCCGCUGGCCUGGACCCACUCCACUCAGUUCAUUGGUGUGAUACACAAAUCGUUCCCUGGUCUGGAUCCUGUCACUAGAGGCAGUCCCCGGUGUCACGUCCAAGUGGCUCCCUUGCCACCCUCUUUCUUAAUACAGUGCCUUCAGAAAGUAUUCAUACUCCUUGACUUAUUACACAUUUUGUGUUACAGGCUGAAUUCAAAAUGGUUUAAAUAUUUUUUUCUCUCCCAUCCACACAUGAUACCCUGUUAAUGGCAAAGUGAAAACAUGUUUUAAAAAAUGUUAGCAAAUUUAUUGAAAAUUAAAUGCAUAAUUAUUUAAUUUACAUAAGUAUUCACAACUCUGAGUCAAUACUUUGUAGAUGCACAUUUGGCAGCGAUUACAGCUUUAAGUCUUUCUGGGUAAGUCUGUUCUUUUCUAAAUUCUUUACAAAAUUCUUUAAGUUCUAUCAAGUUGGUCGUUGAUCGUUGCUAAACAUCCAUUUUCAGGUCUUGCCAUCGUUUUUCAAGUAGAUAUAAGUCUAAACUAACUCAGCCACUCAGGAACAUUCGAUGUCUUCUUGGUAAGCAACACCAGUGUAGAUGUGGCCUUGUGAUUUAGGUUAUUGUCCUGAUGAAAGGUGAAUUCAUCUCCCAGUGUCUGGUGAAAAGCAGACAGAACCAGGUUUUUCUCUAGGAUUUUGCCUGUGCUUCACUCCUUUCCCUUUUAUUUUUUUAUCCUGAAAAACUCCCCAGUCCUUAAUGAUUACAAACAUAUCUAUAACAUGACAUAGUCACCACUCUCCUUGAAAAUAUAGAGAAUUGUACUCAGUAUUGCGUUGUAUUGGAUUUGCCCCAAAUACAACACUUUGUUUUCAGGACAAAAAGUGAAUUGCUUUGGCAAUUUUUUUUGCCGUAUUACUUUAGUGGCUUACUGCAAACAGGAUGCAUGUUUUGGAAUAUAUUUUUUUUGUGCAAGCUUUCUCUUCACUCUGUCAAUUAGUUGAGUAUUUUAGAGUAACUACAUUGUUGUUGAUCCAUCCUCAGUUUUCUCCUAUCACAGCCAUUCAACUCUUAACGGUUUUAAAGUCACAAUUGGCCUCAUGAUGUAAUCCAUGAGCGGUUUCCUUCCUCUCCGGCAACUGAGUUAGGAAGAACGCCUGUAUCUUUGUUGUGACUGGGUGUACAGAUACACCACAGCAAUAGGUACCCUUUUGCGAGGCGUUGGAAAACCUCCCUGGUCUUUGUGUUUAAAUCUGUUUGAAAUUCACUGCCCGACUGAGAGACCUUACAGAUAAUUGUGUGGGGCACAGAGAUGAGGCAGUCAUGAAAAAGAUCAUGCUAAACACUAUUGCACACUGAGUGAACCCAUGCAACUUAUUCUGGGAACUUAUUUAGCCUUGUCCUAACAAUACUUAUUGACUCUAGACAUUUCUGCUUUAAAUGUGUAAUUAAUUUGUCAAAUGUAUGGGGUAUUGUGUGUAAGCCAGUGACAUCUCAAUUUAAUCCAUUUUAAAUUCAGGCUGUGACACAAAAACAAAAAAAUGGAAAAAGUUGAGAGAUGUGAAUACUUUCUGAAGCCACCGUAUGCCUAAGAGACAAUCCAUGAUCAACCAGUUCAAAAGAUUAUGGCACUUUACCCCAUCCCCUGGGGUUGACUUGUUUUUGUCACCAUGACUACAUGACUUCCUUUAAAAUAGUUGUUAUGCAGUCGCUUUGUGUUAUAACUCAACUCUGUGUGAUGUACAUAAAUGUAAUGUUCUCUUACUUAAAACAACUCGCAUGGAAACAAAUUAUAUAUUUUUGUACCCUGUGAGAAUGAGAAACCAAUGACCUGAAGAGAGCCAGAGGCUGGUGUUUUGUUUUAUAUGCACGCAUACAUGCGCACAUGUUCGUACAAACACACACGUGUAUAUAUUAACACACACACAGGGAAAGCUAACAGGAGUCUUUAAUAGGGUGGUGCAACAUUGGCGUCUUUUGCCUCCGUUCUCCCUCCCUCUCUUUCCUCCGAAAAGCCUGACAUACCCUGAAAACAACAAAGAAAAAGGGGGCGCUUGUGGGGCUCACAGGCCUGUUACGAAAUGUUCUCCAGUAUUUGACUUUAUACACUAACUGUGCUUCAGGCCAGAGCAUCUCUCAGUGAAUCAGUAGCAUAUUGCAAGAGGGGUCCAAGCACAAAACUGUUCUAUGGGGUAGUAAAAAAUACCUUUGUUUGAGGCCCGGGAGCUCCAACUGGCUUAAAACCUUUUAUCAGACACACUUGUUGUUUUGCGCCAGCGUCAUCUGAGUGUUUUCUUUUCAGAAAAACCUAUUAGUAUUUAUUUACCUUGACUUCCCGGUACGCUGUUCUCUUCUCUCAAGGUCUCAUGCAUUUUAAUGUUGAAGAAGCUUUUUACCCCUGGUUCAUUAAAGCCCACUAUGUGUAUCCUACAAGGCUUUCAGACCCCUGUUCACUAGAUAUCCCAAACAAGACCAGCGCGGAGAGAGGGGGCGUGGGGGGAGCAGGAAUAUGCUCUGCCAGUAGCAAACGUUCUACUGAAUUAUUGAACAGGCGACAAUUGGGAAUAGAAAGGAAGAUAGCGAGGGUAGAGAUUGAGAGGAGUGGAGAGGACCACAAGCACAUUAAGGGGGCCAAGGAUGGCCCUCGUCCAUAAAUUGAGAGCCUGUUGCAAUUCUGUGACUGUAAGUAACCCACCGUGACUAGGCUAGCCUGACAUGGUUUGAGACCUGAAGACUUGAGUUAGUUCCCCCGAGCUGAUGCUUAGGUUUAGCUCAACAGGCUAACACAGUCUUGUGGCGUGCAGGUUAUCCGUGUUGCAUACCUGGUUGGUCACAUAAGCCUGGGAGGUUGUUCCUGAUGGACAAAGUUGGUGGUGUCCAAAAUAUUGUGCUAUGAAGGACUUUGUAGCACAAUAGCACGGUUAGCGGCAUGUGGUAAAGUUGCAAUGUAAAAACCCUAGGGGGACUGUUCCAUCCAAACUCAUUUGUAUGCACCCAGGGUAUUAAAUACCAAAAUAGCAUUCCACAUGUGCUGCGGACAAUUUAAUCGAUAAUGAGAAUGUUUAAAAAAAUAAAAAUAUUUAGAUUUUUUAACUCAACACAUUUGUGUACUAACCUCAAUGGUAGCUGGAAGGGACUAAUUGUUAUCUGAUUUUAGCUGUCACACUAAGUUCACCCUCCUAUAGAAUGGAUAGAAAUAAUGAAUUUGACUUAAACAUUUUUAUUUAUUUUUUUUCACUCAAGGCGCCAUAUGCUAUGGAUGCAUCAGGUCAAUGAGAAUCCUAAUAGUUGGUAUCCAUGCAUAGGAACAAAGGACAGUUGUGUGGCGUGUUGUAAUGGAGCGCCGUUCCUGCUGUGAGAGACAGAAGGCCUCAUGUCUGUCUUGAAUCUAAUUGGACCCCAAAGGGUGACAGUAUCUCUUAACGAUCAUAUAUGGAGAAAGCACCGUCUAAAUAAUGUAUUGAAACCAGACAAAUGUAUGCAAGACAAAAACAUUGAUAUGCUUAAUGCUCUACCAUAUGUUUGGCAAUGUUUUAUAUGUGUGUUAGUCUGCUAUCACAAGAUUCAGCGAGAGCAUAUGACAGAGGGACCAAGAUGGAAAGUUAGUCCUGAUUCCCAGUUAUAAGCUUAUAAUAAUAUACCUAUAUAGGGUUGUACUUUUAUGGUAGACCGCACUGAAGGAAGAGUGACGCCUCAAGGACGUCUCUCCCCUCUUCGCGGAGCCCUACCCUGUAGACCGCAGCCUACUCCAGGUAGAAGUUGGGUUAUAAAUAUCGACAGAGACUUUGCCUGAGCUGCUGGAAGUGUUUCGCCUGCCGCUGGUUUAUUGAUUGGCGGUGCCCACAGGGCCUGCUAUACUACUUUAUCGUCUGCUGUUUUAUACAUUAUCGCCUGCUGAGGGAAUCUGGAAAGGUUUUCAUCAAGAAGUCGUAAAUUAGACUGGGUGAUAUUACGCAUGUAUGCACACUCAUGCAUUGUUUUAAAUGGAGUCUUCUGCACAUAUACACUAUAUAUACAAAAGUAUGUGGACAUCCCUUCAAAUGAGUGGAUUGUGCUAUUUCAGUCACACCCGUUGCUGACAGGUGUAUAAAAUUGAGCAUACAGCCAUGCAAUCUCCAUAGGCAAACGUUGGCAGACUGUCCUUACUGGGGCCUCCCGGGUGGCGGAGCGGUCUAAGGCACCGAGCAACAACGGCUCAGCUGCAAAGUGGUAGACCACACAAGCUCACAGGAUGUGCAGCAAUGUGCUGAAGCACCGAAACGUAAUAGUCUCCUCGGUUGCAACACUCACUACCGAGUUCCAAACUGCCUCUGGAGGCAACGUCGGCACAUGAACUGUUAGUUGGGAGCUUCAUGAAAUGAAUUUCCAUGGCCGAGCAGCCGCACACAAGCCUAAGAUCACUGCGUAAUGCCAAGCGUCUGGUGUAAAACUCGACACCAUUGGACUCUGGAACAGUGGAAAUGCGUUCUCUGGAGUGAUCAAUCACACUUCACUAUCUGGCAGUCCAACGGUGGUCUGGGGCCGUUUUUCAUUGUUCGGGCCAGGCCCCUUAGUUCCAGUGAAGGGAAAUCUUAAUGCAACAGCAUACAAUGACAUUCUAGACUAUUCUGUGGUUCCAACUUUGUGGUAACAAUUUUGGGAAGGCCCUCUCCUGUUUCAGCAUGACAAAGCCCCCAUGCACAAAGAGAGGUCCAUACAGAAAUGGUUUGUCGAGAUUGGUGUGGAAGAACUUGAGUGGCCUGCACAAAGCAAGUCCCUGCAGCAGUGUUCCAACAUCGAGUGGAAAGCCUUCCCAGAAGAGUGGAGGCUGUUAUAGCAGCAAAGGGAGGACCAACUCCAUAUUAAUGCCUAUGAUUUUGGAAUGAGUAGCUCGACGUGCAGGUGUCUACAUACUUUUGGCCGUGUAGUAUAUUUGUCUUUGAGCAUUUCAUAUAUAAAUGUAAUGUGUUGAUUUUUAUUGAGUUUUGUUGCGUCACCUUGAAGUCGGUCAACUGUUUUUGGCUAAUGUCUAUAUCGUCUGGUCUGAUACCCGAAGUCCUCGAGUCCAAAUCCUUAGCGUCCGAGUCCUUUACAUUACCGUUCUCCUAGCAGCGGGAUAUUAUGCUUGUAUUUGGUUAGUAGAGACCCUACUGAGUAUUUCCCACCCCACUUUAGCUGAGAAAGGUAUAAAAGUUCUCUACAAGCCAAUAUGUAUCCCAUGUACAGUCUAUUAGUGUAUUGCAUUUGGGACUAUGGAGGGGGCGAAGAACAUAUUGGUGCUGGAAGUUCCAAGUCAUGAAAAUCAAGUUCUAGACUCAAGUUUCCUACUACAAAACUGUCUUAACCCCCCUACUGGAACAGCUGCAAUGUCAUAAUUAUUCAUAAACCUUCAGUUUAAAGAAAGUGCAUGCUUCGGACAUACCAUUGAAGACUAAGAAUAGCUGUCAGAAUUCAGCUGAAAGCACUCUUCUCAAAAAAUCUUGCAUUCAAAACAAACCAAAAUGCCAGUGUCCUCAUUACAACGCUCGAUCUCCAACUUGAACAAGGCGGUUGUUGACUCCAUCGUGGCCGAGAAAUAUAUUUAAAAAUAUUUUUUAAAUAGUCACAAUUCUGACUUGCGGGCCUUUCAAAUGCCAGAUGUGCACUUUGGUGUGAUGGAGCACUGCAUGCUGUUUUCAGCAUUUCCCCCAAAGUCACAGAGAAACCUUGGAGUAUGGAUUCAGCUUAACUGUCUUUGACAAUAGCAUGCAUUUUAUUGAAGACAAGGGGGAAAAAACACUGAAUUAGGCCUCUGUUGCAAUGUUUUACAAUAGUGAUUUUUAAAGGCCAAACAACAAUGGACAUAUUCAAAUGGUUCAAUAGACAAUGGCCUAUGUGCAUAAAGAUGUGGGAAUUGGAAUAUAGUAUGAUGUCAUUGUUUUAGCCAUCUGAAAAAAAUGAACAGAACAGGCUUGGAACCUCUAACCCUGUCAAUUCGACUGGUGUAAUCAUGGGUCCACUCGCAAAUGGCUGCCUGAUUAUUGUGACGCACUCAUUUCCAAGGUGAUGUAGAAUGUUAAUCGAAAUUGUUACCUGAUGUGGUUCAUUCAAUGGACUGUGUUUUUGUAAUGCCUAUUUGAGUUGAAUCAACCAAUCACAGCACAUAUUGAUGUGUACAAGUCCUGCUUUGCUCCUAUGCAAGUAUACCCAAUGGAUGCCAGUGACAUCCAGACAACUUUGAGAAAAAACACUUAUCACAGUUGUCGCGAGAUAGGGAAGCAUAUUAAUGACAUGAGGAAAGUAGAAUAGCAUCUCUCGCCAUUGAAAACAGUCAAUAGACGUCAGCACCACACGAUUAUUCAAAAAAGUAUUAAAAUAACGAGAUGUAUCUACCAAUCCAAAGAGGGGAAAAGGCGGAGCUUGAUAGCCCGCCGUUCCUCUCUGUGGACAAGAAAUCCCAUUUUGGGGGUGGAAACAUAGGUGUCGUCAUUAUAUCCAAAACUCUGUUUUAAAGUAGGGGUUUGAGCGGAUUGUCGGAUACCGGAGCAUUGUUAUAAUAAUCUGUACACUGCAAAUUGACCACGACUGCUCAAAAAUGGAUUUGUUAUUUUCAGAAACAGUCAUGUCUCAAUGUAAUAAAGGUAUGAAAUGAUCACGUUUCUUUUUUAAUUCAUGGGGAUACUUGGAACAGAUUUCUUAAAUUAAACAAAUUUUUAGCUGA